GUGAUCUCGCGAGAGCCAGUGUAAGGGUGCGCUCGGCCGGAAGUGUGUUCUGAGAGUUUCGUGUCUGUAUUCUCCGUGCUUGUAUUGAGAAGCCGCUGUCGGUGACCGGGCUGGAGAUUUGUCUCUCCAUCACCCGGGCAACAUGAGCUUCCUCUUCAGCAGUCGAUCGUCCAAAACCUUUAAACCGAAGAAGAACAUCCCGGAGGGGUCGCAUCAGUACGAGCUGCUGAAACAUGCAGAGGCGACGCUCGGAAGCGGCAACCUUAGGCAAGCUGUAAUGCUGCCCGAGGGAGAGGAUCUCAAUGAGUGGAUCGCAGUUAAUACUGUGGAUUUCUUCAAUCAGAUUAACAUGCUUUAUGGGACAAUAACCGAGUUCUGCACUGAAUCCACGUGCUCAGUCAUGUCAGCUGGACCCAGAUAUGAAUACCACUGGGCGGAUGGUACCAAUAUAAAGAAACCCAUCAAGUGUUCUGCUCCAAAAUAUAUUGAUUAUUUGAUGACUUGGGUUCAGGACCAACUUGAUGAUGAGACGCUUUUCCCCUCAAAAAUCGGUGUUCCUUUCCCCAAGAACUUCAUGUCUGUGGCAAAGACUAUCCUGAAGCGUUUGUUCCGAGUGUAUGCCCAUAUUUACCACCAGCACUUUGACGCUGUGAUGCAGCUACAGGAGGAAGCUCAUCUCAACACUUCAUUUAAGCAUUUCAUUUUUUUUGUACAGGAAUUUAAUCUGAUUGACCGCAGAGAGCUGGCUCCUCUUCAGGAACUCAUUGAAAAGCUGGGAUCCAAAGAUAGAUAAGUUUGGUUUUCAGCCGAGAUCAAUCCCAUUCGUCUUCUCUCUUUCCUGCCGUGAAACCAUUAGCUACCUGAAGGGAAAUCCUGAUGCCACUAUUGAGGGGAGAGUAUUCACUGAAGAUUUUCCACUUAUUUUUUUUUAAAUACUAAAACUUAAAAAGUGAUAAAUUGCCUUGCAUUAUUAUUAGUGUACACGUUCAUAGAAAUGCUUUGCCUAAUGGAAUUUUGGGCUCAUUCACGUUUGCUGUUUUGUAUUUUGCUGGAAAAUAGUUAGGAUUCCACUGUUCUCCUCACCACAGAGGUGCCAGAUAUAACCCUUGCUAUUCCAAGUAACUAUGCAGCCUACAAUAUUCCUGUCCAUCUCGUGCUGCACUUUAGUUUCCGCACGUUUGUUUUUCAUCUUCUGUUGAUCCUUGUGCUGCGACUGCUCAGCUGGUUUUGUGUUUUAUUGCAGGACUUCGCUAGCAGUGGAAAAACUGACUCCUUAAAGGCUUGUUUGUGUGGGGGAAAAUGCUGUGCAAAUCAUUUCUCCUUUAUUACAGUAGUUUCUUAGUCGUGUGUUGCUCACUGCCACUUAUGGGGGGAUCACUGUGAUCGUCGGCUUUAUGUUUUUAGGUCUAAUGCUCGCCAGGCUGUUGUUCAUACGCAUUUGUUUUGUACGAGUUGGGUAGGUAUAAUCCACAAAUGUGUGCGUGCUAUAAACAAACCUUCUUCAUACAUUGUAUUCUUAAAACUGGGCUAUUUUUGAGAAACAAAAUAUAUUUUUAUAAAUAGGAAAUUAGUGUUUGCUAGAAAAAUCUAUUCCAAUACAUUACUUUGUAUGAAGAAAAUGAGUGAGAUGCAAAAUGUAAGAGACCUGAACAAUGCAUAGAACAGAAUUGCUGAUAGAAGCAACUGUUAUUGGCCUGGCGUGUUAGAAACCUUUUUACAAUGCGGGAUGGUAGCCACAAAGAAACAUGUAGAGACUGAAUUUUUUUCUUGUUUUUUUUUUAGUUUGUCAUUUUUUUGUGUGGUGAAAUGAAUAUUUUUCCUAAAUUUAGAUGCACUUUGUCUUUACCUCAGAGCCUUAAAUAAAAAAAAAAAAACUGAUUCUAAGGGCUAAACUACAUGGGAGAUUUUGUGGGUCAGAUUAAUCUUAUCUUGCCACACAACAGCAUCAAACUCUGAUCCCCAUAGCUGUAAUGUUAAGUCGGAUCCGAUAGUUGCAUCUGAAAUCCAAUGUAUUUCAAAGAGAAGAAAAAGGCAGUCAUGAACGAUUACCGUAGAUUUUCUCUGUCAGAUGAAGACGCAGCAUGGAGCAUCCGCAAAUCUUCCAUGUAAAUUAUACAUCAGAUUUUUGUAUCCGUCCCAUUAUAUUUUGACACAUCUGACUUGGGAUCGGUCGAUCUGACACCAUUCUGCAAUAUCUCCAGUGUAGUUUAGCCCUAAGACACAAUGCAAGCAGGAGUUUAAACAUAGAAAAGCCCACUUGUCUGCAGCUGUGCCAUUUAAAGGAAAACUAUACCCCUCAAACAAUGUAUAUUGCAUAAAACAGCUCAUAUGCAAAACCCUGCUUCAUGUAAAUAAACCAUUUCCAAAAUAAUAUACAUUUCUAGAGGUAUGUGCCAUUGGGUAAUCAUAAAUAGAAAACUGCCAUUUUAUAAAAAUAAGGGCCGCCCCCUGGGAUCGUAGGAUUCACAGUGCACACAAACAAACCAUACAUGUUAGGUCACAUGGGCCAAUUAACAGACAGAGUUGUGUCUUUUGCUUCCACACUUCUUCCUGUUACAGUUAGCGCACAGACCAUCACAAAAUGGUGGUUCAAGGCAAGAGAUGUAAAAGGGCAAUAAUUACUUAUAUAUAUUCCAGUUUGAUAAGAUUCUUUAAUAUGCCACUUAAUAUGAUUUAUCUGUUGCUCAAAUAUUCAUUUUGGGGAUAUCGUUUUCCUUUAAUAUUAUCAUGGAAGGUGACAAAAAGAUUCUGAAAACUUGGCUUACAUCAGCAACGCUUAAUAUAAUCAAAGUUGUUUUAGUCAUGUAUACUGUGGCUUCAGGUUUUUUUUUUUGUAUUGACCUAAAGAACGAACACUUAUCAGAGCAGGAGAAAGCAAUGACCACUACAUUGACAGAAAGGGGCACAUUUUUUAUUUUAUUUAUAUGUGAAGAAUCUACCAGUAAAGCACCAGCUUGUUCAGAGCUUUGCCCUGUGUCAUUUCCCUUAGUUUAACACGUGUUAAAACUGCACAACGAGGUGUGAAAUGAGUGCCAUUGCAUGCAACGUAAAUCACAGCAGGUACUCUACGCAUAUUAUCAAACUGAUUCCGAAAUUAUUUUUGCAUAAUUUGUGUAGUUUACCCAUGGUGAUUUCCAUUGCAGACAAAUAAUAGAGCAUAUUUGCCCACUAUUUAACCCCAAUGGCAAAGCAUCCAGUGUGUCGUUGCCCUUAAAGGAGAAGGAAAGAUUAAAAGUAAGUAAGCUUUAUCAGAAAAGUCUAUAUAAAUACACCAGUAAACCCUCAAAGUAGUGCUGCUCUGGGUCCUCUGUCAAGAGAAACACUGCAUUUCUUUCCUUCUAUUGUGUACACAUGGGCUUCUGUAUCAGACUUACUGUUUUCAGCUUAAACCUCCAGGGUUAGGGUUUGAGCAUGCUCAGUUUGCUCCUCUCCCCCUCCCUUCUGUAAUCUGAGCCCAAAGCUAUGAGUGAGCAGGGAGAGACUCAGGCAGGAAGUGAUGUCAUACCAAGCUAAUAUGGCAGCUGCUAUCCUAAACAAACUGAGAGCUUCUAGAGCUGUUUACUCGGGUGUGGUAAAGCAUUUUGCAGUAUAAAUAAAGUGUUACAACUUGCACUAUUGUGGCUAAUCUAUUGGCAAUAAAACGCUUCUGUACCUUUCCUUCUCCAUUCAUAUUAUUUUCCUGCAUGUGGGCUCUAUAAAUAGGCACAUAUUCUGGAUAUUCAUGUUAAAAGGCUGGCUCUGAAUUUUAGAUAAGACGGCAGUGUAGCACAUGCAUGACAGACACAUCUACUACCUGUGGCCAUUCAGUUCUUGGGCCUGACACUCCCAGGUGCAGAGGAAUAUUCUGCUUUUAUCUAGUCCAUAGGAAGGGGACCAUUUAUACAAAGUUUUUAGAAGAUUGCUUUUACAUAUCAAUUCCACAUGUGCCAGAGUCAUAAAGACUUUUAAUACCUGUAUGCUUUCAAAUAAUGUGGAAGUUAGAGAGUUGGUUAUUUCUGUAAAAACAAAAUGUUUUGGUUUUUAUGAGCAUUGUAAUAAAACAUAUUUUGACCCUAAUUGCGUGAAUGCUAAGAAAUGUUACCCAUUUUUAACCUUUUAGGUUAUCCAAUUAAAAUGUGGAACAACUUUGUACUGAG